AUGUCUAUUCCAACAAUUAGUUCAACACCACUUCUUAUAACAUCAGCUGGAAAGAUUUUAAUAUCUGACUUCAACAUCUAUGAUGGUUCAACAGGCUCUUCAACAUUCUACAUCGAUACCCUUACAAUUGGCUCCAACUUCAUCACUGGCGAGGCCACAGACGGCUUCAACAACAUUCAUAAAUGGAACAUAACUUAUAAUUGCAACAAUAUUUCAACACCAUUGAAUGUUACAUUGAAUAGUGGAAUGACAUUCAAUAUGGUUAAUCCAUUCAUGUAUACUACAUAUCCUAAUCCUCCCGAACCAAUAAGGAUGUCAAAUGACUUUUAUGUCCUUUAUGUCAAGAUUGAAGAGUCUGGAUUAGAUCCACUUAAUGGUUAUACUGUCUCAACAUUGGGUUAUGAUGCUUUGAUCAAGUUGACGACACCUCAUCCAACUCAUCCAACUUAUCAAAUUGGAUUGAAUCCAUCACCAACUACAACCCCUAUCAACAAUGACUACACUCAAUCUAUCAAUCUAUUGAUCAAAGAUAGAUUGAAUCGAACUGCCACCAUCACAAUACCAUCAUAUGUCCUACUCAAUCAAUCAACAUCAUCGUUCAUCCUUGAACCAGGUUUGUCGACACAGUUCCCCAACAAUCCCCGCCCAUACUCUCAUUACAGUAUCCGGAUGUCAUCGACCAAGCCAACACUGCUGACACUCUAUCCCCACGAUGGCACCUAUUCGUUCAAGUUCAUGAAAGGUGGCCCUCAGCACUACUUCACCGAGAGCUGGAUGGUGGCCUACACUCAGACCGGCUCGCCACACACACUCUACGAGCUCAACAAGAGGUUGACCAACAAGACUAGUUGGACAUACAGCUAUACAAGUCGCCAGCCCAAUGCCUCGGCAAUGGCGUUCACCAAGGGUGUACUCCCCAACACUCCAACGGGCUCAGUGGUGCACAGCUUCAAAGGAUCACUCAACUAUCUGUCCAACUCGUGUGUGAUGAACUCUGACAACCAUGGUCUAUCAAUCCCAUGGCCAUACCCAUUUGGUCUUGCCUAUCGUCCACUUCUCCCAGGCCACGUAUCCACCACAACCUUUGCCCUUAACCCAUUACACAAGGACUACCUCUUUAACCUCAACUGCAACUGGGAGUCAAUGGACAAUUCAUCAUUCGCUCCGCCCACAGUACAAGGUGAUAUACAUUAUGGUGUCUAUGAGACAAUUAUAACAUUCAAUGAUGUAGCCGUUGGUCUGCCUGACGAAGCCAGAGCAUAUGAUGGUGCAGGCAACAGUAGAUCAAUUCAAAAGUUAUCCUUCAACGACUAUUACAUCAACAACAGAAUGCAAGAUAUAACAUUCAACUCUCCAAUAAUAUCAUGUACAUUGGAUGAUAUUACAAUGUUAUACUUUGAUUCAUACUUGAUGGAUGUUGAUAAUGGUAGUGUUGGUAAUACAUUAUAUUUCAAUACAAGUAAUAAUGAUAUCAAUUGGAAACCAGAGUUCUAUUAUGGCAAUGAUGAAGAGAAUCCAAAUUACAAGUCUGUUGGAUAUUAUGAUUGGUAUAGAGGAAUGUAUGUCAUACCAUUCAAUGUACCACGUAGGACAAUGACCAAAGAGUUACAAUACUAUAUUGUUGCCCGGCCACAAUACAUUGAUCACCAACAACUCAAACUAAAGUUUGGAUCAGCCACCGCCUCAGUCAACAUAGUCUCAACAUAUGGCGAUGAACUACCACCUCUUUGUCUUGGACUUGGCGCAUACCCUUCUCCAAUGGUCUCAUUGAAUGUCACAGAUAAUAUUGUGAUUGGUUGGAUAUUGACUAUUGAUGAUGAUCCAAAUGGAUUCUUGGAUGGCUAUCUCAAUGUGAUUAGUGAUGUAGAUGCUCAACCAAGACGACUCAAUUUGACAUUAUAUAAUACAACAACAACACCAUCUGUAAAGAGAUAUAUUGGAUCAUUCAAUUUAACUGGCAAGGCCAGAAGUCAGACAUUCACCAUCCUUGACAUCGUACUCAGAGACAACAGUUACAACAUUGCCAAGUACUCAUCAGAGACCUCAAUAUCAGCCACAAUCAAUCCAAUUGGUUCCCUCAUGUUAUCUAACAUUGCCAAAUAG